GCCACCCCGCGGGACCAGCGAGGGCCCGAAACUCAGCCCCACCUGCCAGCAGCACCCCGGCGUGGUGCGCCUCCCGCUCGGGCCAGGGCAGGCAGCCCGCGGUCCGGGCCGCCGGGAGAACGAACCCGGCUCUGGCGGCAUCGAGCCUGGGCUGCAGCAGGAGGCGAGCUCCCCCCCCCCCCGCCCGGGGGAAGCGGCCAAAACCGCCCCCUCACAUGAUCCCGCCGGCCCCUAAUCCCCUCUGCGCCUCCCCCGGCCGCUCAGUGCGAGGCUGAGGCCGGCGCGAUGAAGGGAGGCUGGAGGAAGCGGGCAAGAGGCGGCCGGGCAGCCUCCGUCCUGCUGCUCCUGGGGGCUCUGGCCGCCUUCCAGCUGCCUCGCAGGGGCGCUGCCGCCCAGCGGCUCCGCGGGGACACAGAAAAUAAAACCCAAUGCAUCCCCCCUCCCUCAUCGGAAUUUCCUGACGCAUUUUUUACACAACAGGAGAGAGAAGAUGGGGGGAUCAUUAUCUAUUUCAUAAUUAUCCUUUACAUGUUUGUGGCUGUAUCCAUUGUGUGUGAUGAUUACUUCCUUCCUUCUCUAGAGAUCAUUAGUGAAUCCCUUGGCCUCUCUCAGGAUGUUGCUGGAGCAACUUUUAUGGCAGCUGGUAGCUCUGCUCCUGAAUUGGUCACUGCUUUUCUAGGGGUAUUCGUGACAAAGGGAGACAUUGGAGUUAGCACCAUCCUUGGAUCUGCAAUCUAUAACCUUCUUGGUAUCUGUGCAGCUUGUGGGUUGUUAUCUAGCGUGGUUUCGAGGCUGUCUUGUUGGCCACUGUUUCGAGAUUGUUUUGCAUAUGCAAUUAGUGCAGCAGCAGUCUUUGCAAUGAUAUUUGACAGCAGAAUUUACUGGUAUGAAGGUGCUUCCCUGCUGCUGAUUUAUGGGUUAUAUAUUCUGGUGCUGUGUUUUGAUAUUAAAAUCAAUCAAUAUAUUAUGAAGAAGUUUAGUCCCUGCUGUACUUGUUUUGCAAAAGCUAUGGAAGAAAACACUGAACAGCAGCCAUUAAUUGGCUGGAAAGAAGAAUGUGAACCACUAAUUUGUCGACAAUCAAGAACCGAUAGUGGAAUUUUUCAUGAUGAAUCAGACUACUCACAGCUUUCUAUAAGUUUACAUGGGCUUGAUGAAAUUUCUGAAGAUCCUCCAAGUGUCUUCACCAUACCUGAAGCAGAUUUAAAACGAAUUCUCUGGGUAUUAUCUCUUCCUAUUAUUACACUACUCUAUUUGACCACACCAGACUGCAGAAGACACUUUUGGAAAAACUGGUUCAUGGUGACAUUUUUCAUGUCAGCUGUAUGGAUUUCUGCAUUUACAUAUGUUCUUGUAUGGAUGGUAACAAUAGUGGGGGAUACGCUGGCAAUUCCAGAGACAGUAAUGGGUCUUACAUUACUAGCAGCAGGGACAAGCAUACCAGACACAGUUGCAAGCGUACUGGUGGCUAGGAAAGGAAAAGGAGAUAUGGCUAUGUCUAACAUUGUAGGAUCCAAUGUAUUCGAUAUGCUGUGUUUGGGAUUACCUUGGUUUAUAAAAACUGCCUUCAUAGAUACAUCAGCACCUGUGGAAGUGAAUAGCAGUGGUUUGACUUACACAGCUGUUUCUCUCAUUUGUUCCAUUAUUUUUAUUUUUCUGGCAGUUCACCUGAAUGGCUGGAAGUUAGAUAAAAAACUGGGAGCAAUCUGUCUAGUAAUGUACUUAGCAUUUGUUAUAGUGUCAAUUUUAUAUGAACUUGGGAUCAUAGGGAACAAUCCUGUAAAGGUCUGUGGCGGCUAGUUUUAGCCAGUGACUGUACUGAGGAAGACACAAAACAAUGAGAGAGGAUCAAUUUCUUCAUUUAGUCAAAUAAAAAAAUCCAAAACUCCCUUUGGGCUCUAAAACUUAUUUACAGAAGUUCUAAAUCAUGGCAUAAAAGUAAUCUUAAAAAUAAAACAACAUCACAGCCUAAUUGGAGCCCUUUCUUUUAGAGUCAAGAAUUACAGUGUGACUACAAUGCAUAUAUAAAACCAAAAUUCUGGAAGGGACAUCUAAUUUUUUUACAUUACAAUGUUGAUACGAGCUGGGGGAAAUCUGAAACACUAAACAAAUCCCACUAUGCAAUCUUGAGAACAGAGAAAAUGGCUUAUUUUAUUAAAAACAGUAUAACCAUUCAUUUAAACUGAAUGACUAGAGACACUUGGCCUAAUUUUCCAGAGGUGCCAAGCAUCCACAGCUUCCACUGUCUUUAAGGGGACUGCAGGUGUUCAGUACCUCUGAAAAUCGGGCAAACUGUCCUUAAAAACCAAACAUAGUAAGAUUUAGUUAACAAGAAUCACAGUAUAUUAAACACUAUACUGUUAAAGGCUGGUGGGAUUUAAAAGUUUGUUUUUACUGCUUUUGUAAGCAUACAAUGUUACUAAAAAUGACUUACUAGGAUAUAGAAGCUAAACAGACAUAGGAAUGUUCCUGAACACAGUUUUAAAUUAUGCAUUGCGAUCCAAGCGUACAUCAAUUUCUCUGCCAUUGA